AUGAAGCUCUCGCUCGCUACCCUUACUGCCCUCCUUGUGGCUCUCGCCCAUGCCGCCCCGGUUCCUGGUGACAGCACCGAAAUAAGCGGAAACGCGCUCGUCGAAGCCAAUGUUUUGAACGAUGCUGUGAAAAACGUCGGCAACAAUGCUGCUAGUGGCUUGCUCAAGGAGGUUGACGGCCUGGUCAAGCAGCUGACAGAAGCCCUGGGUGGACUUGUCCCUCUCCGCAAGCGCGGCGACGAGACCGAAAUUACCGACAACGUUCUCAUCAAAGCCGAUGUUUUGAACGAUGCCGUGAAAAAUGUCGGCAACGAUGCUGUUAGAGGUUUGCUUGAGGAGCUGAGUGGCCUCCUUGGUCAGCUGACUGGCGCUUUGGGUGGACUCCUCAAGCGCGACAGCACCGAAAUUACCGACAAUGCUCUGGUCGACGCUAAGGUGGCUAACAAUGCCGCUAAAAAUAUCCUCAACAACGCUGCCAAGCGCCAUGACGACAUUGAUCUUCCCCUCGAUCUCAACGAUCUCUUGAAGCGCGAUAACACUGAGAUCAGUGACAACGCCGGAGUUGACGCCAAGGUGGCUAACGAUGCCGCGAAGAACAUCCUCAAUGAUGCGCUCAAGCGGGGGGACGAUACAGAGAUCAAGGACAAUACUCUGAUCAAGUUGAACAUCCUCAACGACGCCUUGAAAAACAUCCUCAAUGCUCUCGCAUCAUCAUAA